UAUAUCCAGUCUUAAGAUGAGCCAGGGGGCAAAUCUCGUCCUCCAGUGGCUGUCUAAGCUCCACCUGGCCCAGUAUGUGGAGUCAUUCCUUGACAAUGGGUAUGACGACUUGGAAGUUUGUAAACAGAUUGGGGAACCAGACCUGGAUGCCAUAGGUGUGCAUGUUCAGUAUCACAGACACAGGCUGCUCACAGCGGUGCAAGCAUUAAAAGAGGAAGACAAAAGGAAAGCACCUGGGUACUAUUUCACCUUAGAGCCUCUGGAUGCUUCUGUUUGCCACUACAGCUCGCACUCAGACAGAGUGGGUGACUUGAGGUCUCACGCACAGACUGCAGGAGUGCACCAAGCCUCCUGUCCUGGAAACCAUAACCCGAGGUUCACAGAUUGUAACGACUUUGUGACCUAUCCCAAACUGAAGCUCAAGGUACUCAUACGGGAUAAACUUGCAAAAGAUGGCAUCAACCUGGGACAAGCGCCGUACACCCACAAGGAUGGCUCGGUGGGGAAUCUUGAUGACCUGGCUCAGGAGUACUCUCAGUAUUACGGCACCUCCCUCAAUGACGUAUGCGAAAGGAUGGAGGAGCUACGGAAACGCAAAGUAGUGCAAGAUGCGGAGAUGGGAAAGGUUGACUCAGUGGCCACAUCACUGCAGCUGCGCUCACAGAUCCAGGAAUCCCUAGGACUCAGCAGCACUAUGUCGACUCCAGAGACUGAAAGAAGGUUUCCUGUUCACAAAUCCAGCUCGGAUGAUGGAUCAGGGGGAAAAUGGGACGGAAAGAGAAAGAGCAAGUCUUUUUGGCAGAAUUUCAGAAAGUCCCAGAAAGGAGUGAUUCAUCAGAUUUCAAAAGGUGACGAUGUUGGUUUUGUGGCCAGUGAAGUUACCAUGAGUGAUGAGGAGCGAAUUCAACUGAUGAUGAUGGUGAAGGAAAACAUGAUCUCCAUAGAGGAAGCCCUGGCACGGCUGAAGGAGUUUGAGAUACAAAACAGACACGCAUGCAAGGCUGACCUCACAGAGUCGACUGAUCCCUCUAGUGCCACAAAUGAGUCGUUCAGCUGCAACCCCUGUGACCUGUCAGACAAUGAACAAGAGGAAUCUGUGACGUUCAGGAGGCUCCACAAACUGGUCAACUCAACUCGGAAAGUGAAGAAGAAGCUGAUCAGAAUUGAUGAGUCUAAGAGGCCGGAAGCAGAGGAGAGUAUCGAUGGCCUUUCCUGUGGAGAUGCCAGCAUGUCUCUGUAUUUAGGUGUGCAGAGGAAACCUGUAGUGUGUCCUGUGGACUCCCUGGCUUCAACCCUACAGGAACAACUCACCUACAACAGAGACUCAGAUAGCCUGACCACCUCCCCCUCAUCCAGCAGUGUGGACACCUGCAGCAGCCAAAAGAUCUUCCAGACCUUGAUGAAGUCUAGUGGGAGCCCUGUGCACCAGCAGAACAAUGUAGCAGGGGAGGUGAGGGAGCCCGGUGAAGGCUCUUCCUUUUCUGAAACAGAGGGUUGCAGUGAGGAACCCAAAAUUGCACGCUCAGUGACCGAUGGAGAGCUCCGUGACCGGAUCCUCAACCCUCUCAGUCACCACGGGAGAGCUUCUAGCUUUGGAGGAUUUGACCUGACCAACCGAUCAGUGAAUGCAGUCAACUCUGACAACGAUAACUCCAGCAAAGCUGCAGACGAGGAUACGAGAGACGGCAUUAAGUCUCCAUCAACAUCUCGUAUCUCUCUGGGCAAAAAAGUCAAGUCGGUGAGAGAGACGAUGCGGAAACACAUUUCCAAGAGAUACCACAGUUCCUUCUCUGAACAGCCAAGCCCAGACCGCUCGUCCAGCUGCCCUCACUCACCUCAGAUAAACUCAGACUCUUUGGAGAAGCCCAAACUGAAGCCAGGAGGGUCUGUGGAGAGCCUGAGGAGUUCGCUCAGUGGACAGAGUUCCAUGAGCGGUCAGACAGUGGGCACCACUGACUCCUCCAACAGCAACAGAGAGAGUGUGAAGUCUGAGGACGGAGAGGAAGACGAGCUGCCUUACCGCGGACCCUUUUGUGGACGUGCUCUGGUUCACACAGACUUCACUCCAAGUCCCUAUGACACCGACUCCCUAAAGCUGAAGAGCGGAGACAUCAUCGAUAUCAUUAGUAAGCCUCCUAUGGGCACGUGGAUGGGGAUGCUCAAUGGUAAAGUCGGCACCUUCAAGUUCAUUUAUGUGGAUGUUCUGAAUGAAGAGGAGUUGAAGCCCAAGAAAACACGCAGGAGAAGAAAGGCCCGACAACCCAAACCCACAUCUGUGGAGGAACUGCUUGAUCGCAUCAACCUCAAAGAGCAUCUCCCCACCUUCCUUUUUAACGGUUACGAGGAUCUGGACACGUUUAAGUUGUUAGAGGAGGAGGACCUGGAUGAACUGAAUAUCACAGACUCUCAACACAGAGCCGUGCUGCUCACCGCUGUCGAGCUGCUGCAGGAGUACGAUGGUGGGUCAGGAAGCAGCGACCCCGAGCGAAGUGGUCAGUCUGAAAGGUCGCAGGAGAAGCUGCUGCUGGACAGGCGUGGCCUCUUGGGAGACUCCCCACGAGACUCGGGCUGCUACGAGAGCAACGAGAACCUGGAGAACGGGAGGGACAAAAAGGCGCCUUCAACCAUCAGCAGGUCUUCGUCCGGUUUUGAGUCCAGUCACCUCCCGUCCCCAGAGUACCCUGUCCUUCCCCUGCCCCUCACCUCCAUCCAGUCCAAUGAGUCUUCAUCCCAAAGGAAACCCAGAUGCAUUCCCUGUGUCCUUCCUGAACUCGCAAAGACCAGUUUAAGCUCAACAAAAGGUCAAAUUCAGAGCAGAUCCAUUUCUAGGAGUCACAGCUGCAUGGAGCUAAGAAGAAACACAGCACCAAGUCCGCUACGCUGCUGUUUCUCUUUGUCGAAUCUUCACAAAGACCAGAAGAGAAGACUCCUAAGCCUUAAAGACUUGAAGCUGAAUGAGGAGAGCACACAAAAAACACUUACAGUCAUGCCUCCAUCCUUGCAGUCUUCAUGUAGGACACCACAUGAUGUCGCGUGUACCAUUUCAAAUGUAGAUAAAUGCAAUGCAACACAGCAGGCACACCUUAAGCCACCACCCACAGCUCCACCCAAAAGAUCCAGAGAUCAUGUAGCUACACCUUCCUUAUUAAAUCCACAACGAGAGCGCUUACUGACAGAAACACCCUUCACAGAUCACACCUUUCCAGUGGAAAGGAAGGGUCCUUCAGUUUCAGCCACUUCUGAAGCCUGUCGGCUAAAAAUGAAAGCAAUCCGAAGACAUCCAUCAGCUCAGUAAAUCUGAGCGCAAAGUGUUCAUCUGGCAAUGGAGCUGGCAUCUUCAAAAGUACAGAAAGGCGUCACUUUACAGCUGUCAAUUGCUUCUGUUUGGGAUAAUGGAGUUUCUGAAAAUGCAAUCAUGGGUGUCAUUUUUUCAUCUUGAGUGGAAAUUUGAAGGGCUGAGCUUCCAGUGUUAAACUAUGUUUAUGUAUGAUAUCUAUCUACUGACCCCCUCAGUCACAGUUGCAGUGUUCAGUUCAGCUGAAUCCGGUCCGUCUCUCUGCAGUGAACCUGACUAGAGUCCAACAGUUACACAAGCAGCAGCGCUGGCAAGGGGUCCUUAUUUUAUCAAAGCAAAGAAUUCAUGAAUAAUUCACUCAUUCUUGGGUUUACUGUUAAUGAACAUUUUCCAUGUGUUAAUAUGGACUUGAAAGAGCUUUUUUUGUGUGUGUCUGUGUAUAUAAAUAUAUAAUCGCCAUUAGUGACAGUGGACCUAAACAGACAAUAUUGCUACACACAGCAAAGUAUGCUUGCAAAAGAAAAAAGAAAUAAGCUUCAUAAUUUUCACUUUGUGGAUUCUGAUUUUACACACGAUGACUCGCUGUCACACGGUAGUGAUGCUGGACCAGACAUCUUUAAUUUUGUUAGGAAUGCCCCCAUCAAAACAGCUGCUGUGAAAAGAAUCUGUAACUAUUAACAGGCAAACAGUUUAUAUGAUAAUAAAAAUUAAUGUUCUCAGACAAUGCAAGAACAUGUCUACUGAAGUAGUCAUACAGAAAAUAUCCUUGUGUAUUUGAUGCAGUUAACUCUCAGACAUAAUUUAUACAUUUGAUACUCAGUGUUAUGCUUUUCACUGUUCUAGUCUCACACCAGUAGAUGUUUGCUUUUAAAUAAAGCUGACCUCUUUUUACAGCUGAACAAUUAAAAUUUUAGCCCUUUCAUGCAUAGUGGUUGUUCAAAAAUGUUCUUUUGUAUAUGCCUGUGUUUUCUUGUUAUAGUUAUCAGUCAACACUGUGGAUGCUUGUGAUCAUCCCAUACACUGCUACCGAUUGGCCAGUCACGGGGAGUUGCUUUUUUAAAAUUUUUAUUUGUUAUCUGAAUGUAAUUAACAGAAUCAGGAUUAGUGAAUAUCAGCAGCAGUGACAGUCAAUCUGAGGAUGCAAUAUCAUUUUCUGUUAUUGGUGUGUUAAAUACACAUUUCU